AUGCGCAUUGCCAUAAUUACAGAAAACUUUCUACCCAAGGUCGACGGUGUCACGCGUACAUUGGCGCGUUUGCUUGAACACUUGAAUGCCAAUGACCACCAAGUCCUUGUCCUCGGUCCCGAGAGUGGUAUGACAGAAUACGCGGGUGCCGAGCUUAUGGGUACAACAGGCAUUCCAUUCCCGCCUUAUCCUGAACUCAAGUUGAACUUUUGGCGAUCCGGAUUUACACGACGGCUGAUUGACUUUGCACCUCAUGUGAUUCACUUGGUCGAUCCUUGUUGGCUGGGAGCUGUUGGACUUGCCGUGAUUCGCUAUUAUCUACCCAAGACCGCGCUUGUAUCAUCCUAUCACACCAACCUUGCCACCUAUUGCACCCACUUUGGAUACAAUUUCCUCGCACCUACGAUGUGGAAAUGGAACCGCUUUUGUCAUUCUUUUUCUCGAUACGUCAUGUGUCCAUCACAAUCAACUCGGCGUAUUCUAAGGCAACGAGGAUUUGAGAAUGUAAGGAUAUGGCCACGUGGUAUUGAUGUCCAUCAAUUCUCUCCUACACGGCGAUCUUUGGCUCUUCAACAGUCUUGGACUACCACCACCACCACUACAAGCAACGAUAAGAUCAUCCUCCUCUAUGUGGGUCGAGUAUCCUUUGAGAAGAAUAUCGGCUUGGUCUUGGAUGCAUACAAACAAAUGGAUCAUUCACGGUGUCAUUUGGUGAUUGUGGGUCAUGGUCCUGCUUUUGAUGAAAUCCAAGCCGAAUGCCAACGUACACAUACCCCUGUCACUUGGACUGGUUACUUGCAAGGCGAUGCCCUGGCAGCAGCAUAUGCAUCGGCAGACAUUUUCGCUUUUGCUUCAACAACGGAGACUUUUGGACAAGUGGUGCUGGAGGCAAUGGCAUCAGGUCUUCCUGUGGCAGGUUUAUGGGCUGAAGGUGUAUGUGAUCUUGUGGAUCAUGGUACAACAGGUUUAUUACUGGAUACAACGGGCUUAUCAAGAAAGGAGCAAUGCGAUCGAUACCAUCAGCAGCUCGAUUCUCUCGUUCAAAACAAGGAAAUGCGUUUACGUAUGGGACAAGCAGCCGUGGAUAAGGCUCGUCAAUACACGUGGUGGGAAGCUAUGGAAUGUGUGGUGCGUACCUAUCGUGAUGCAAGUAAUAGUCAAUACCCCUCCUCCUCCAACAACGACCUUUGCCAUGACGACAGCGGUGUUGAAGAAGAUUGUUGCUUGUCAGAUCACCUCAAUGCCGACACCAAAUCCUCCUGCCAACACAACAACAACAACAACAACAAUGAUAUCCUGAUACUUGUAGACUGA